ACAGCGAUUGAAAAAAAAAAAAUCUACCAGUGGCCUGUUUCAAGUCCCCCCAGUAGAAACUGUGCCCGAUUUGUGGCCAAUGUUGGAGAUGUAAAAAAAGGAGGAAAAAACACUAACCGGGUAGCUAUGGAGAUAGAACGUUUUGCGGGCUGCUUUCUUUGACAUGUGUUGAGUGGGUAAAAGUCUUAAAACAGUGUCCAACAUGUACGCCAAAGGUAAAGGAGCAGUCGUCCCCUCCGAUAGCCAAGCGAGAGAGAAAUUAGCUUUAUACGUGUAUGAGUAUCUACUGCAUGUUGGAGCCCAGAAAUCAGCACAGACGUUCCUAUCUGAGAUCCGAUGGGAGAAAAACAUCACGCUGGGGGAACCCCCAGGAUUCCUGCACUCGUGGUGGUGUGUAUUCUGGGACUUGUAUUGCGCCGCCCCUGACAGACGCGAGACCUGCGAGCAUUCCAGCGAGGCCAAGGCCUUCCACGACUAUAGUGCAGCAGCAGCUCCCAGUCCGGUGAUGGGCAACAUGCCCCCUAACGACGGCAUGCCUGGCGGACCCAUGCCCCCAGGCUUCUUCCAGGGCCCGCCCGGCUCGCAGCAGUCCCCCCACGCACAGCCACCCCCACACAACCCCAGCAACCCUAUGAUGGGACCCCACGGCCAGCCCUUCAUGUCUCCGCGGUACCCCGGUGGACCCCGGCCAUCACUCCGUAUGCCAAAUCAGCCUCCAGUGGGAGUCCCAGGGUCACAGCCACUCCUGCCAAACAGUCUGGACCCCACCAGACCUCAAGGACACCCCAACAUGGGCGGCCCAAUGCGAAUGAACCCUCCCAGAGGGAUGGGUGGUAUGGGCCCACAGAACUACGGCGGGAUGAGACCUCCACCCAACUCCCUAGGAGGCCCAGGCAUGCCCGGCAUGAACAUGGGUCCUGGAGGCCGAGGUCCUUGGCCCAACCCGAACGCUAAUUCGAUAGCGUAUUCUUCCUCCUCUCCUGGCAACUAUGUGGGUCCUCCAGGAGGCGGGGGUCCACCAGGAACUCCCAUCAUGCCCAGCCCAGGAGACUCCACAAACUCAAGUGAAAACAUCUACACGAUGAUGAACCCCAUCGGUCCAGGUGGCAACAGACCAAACUUCCCCAUGGGCCCUGGUCCUGAUGGCCCUAUGGGAGGGAUGGGCGCCAUGGAGCCCCACCAUAUGAACGGAUCGCUAGGCUCUGGAGAUAUGGAUGGGUUGCCAAAGAACUCUCCCAACAACAUGGCGGGCAUGAACAACCCUCCGGGCACCCCGCGCGACGACGGGGAGAUGGGCGGCAACUUCCUCAACCCCUUCCAAAGUGAAAGUUAUUCACCCAACAUGACGAUGAGUGUCUGAUUUUUUCCCCCCUUCUUUUCUUAUUUUAUUUUGGAUUUCUUUUUUGGUUUUAUGUUUGUUUGUUUUUUUACCCCUUCGCUGAAAUGGCUCCGUUCUCCUUUGAUCCUGCCCCCCUUCCCCCUCCGUGACUCACCCCGCCAUCCCUGGCUCUACAAACGAAAAACAAAAACAAACAAAAAAAAUCACUCCACCCCAAUCUCUGACUCCCCAAAACCCCACACACCUCUCCACUGGCCGCACACUCCACACCCCCACCCUCCUGCCCGCUCGCUGGAACUGUGGCUGCUGCGCUCAGUCCCCUGGGAGGCCCUUGGAGCACGGGGCGCUGGGCCUGCCCUCGCUGCCCACCGUGUGCGCCAUGGGCGCUGGUGGUGGCAGUGGCAGCGGCAGCGGCGUGGGUGUGGGGACAGGUGGCAGCAGAGGCGGCAUGAGGAAGCAGCGACAGAGCCACCGGAAGAGCCUCCAGUCGGACCACUCACCCAGCAUCUCUGCAUUCCUCAUGGGCCCAGGACUGUAAGGCCUGGACGGAGAGAGACCGAGAGAGAGAGACUGAGGGGGAGAGAGAUGGAGGGAGGUAACCAGACAGGAGUCUUCAGCACAGCAUGUCCAACCAAUGCCAGACUGCAGCUUUCACUGUGUUAGAUUUUUGUUUGCUUCAGUUGGCAUUUCUUCAUUUUGUAAUAUUUUUUUGUAGUUGAAUUUUUUUUAUUUUGAAAAACCCUCUGGAUGCAGUAGUUCAACACAGAAGGGGGAGGAAGAUGUCUGAACUUAACACCCCCCCCCCCCCCUCCCAUUUUAUUGUGUAAAUUUUUUAAAGAAGUUGUUUGGCAAUGACAUAUUUUUCAUUAUACUGUGUAUGUAUUGUAUUAUGGAUAUUAUUUUAUUUUUUAUUAAUAUUGUUAUAAUGAUUAUUAGACACCCCCCCCCCCCCCCCCCCCUCCCGAGCAACCAUGACAAUGACCAGACACAAGCACACACUCACAACUGCAGUUGUCACGGUGACAGACGUUUAGGCAUCGUUUUUGGUAUUGCCAGAUAUUUAGUCCAAAUUACCUGUGCUACCUGCCAUUUCUUCUCACCAGACCAGUUCAAUUCAGCGAGACUGUGAGCCCCCAAGCGCCAUCCUCAGCAGACGGGAGUCUCAUUUAGAGGGUGACGGCAUCUCUUUAUUGACGAGCUGGGAGCAGCUUGUCUGUGUUCAUGUACUAAAGCAUCACAAGCCAGAGGUUUUGCCCUUUUAAACAGCGUAGACACCUCCAACAGCCACAUGGCCUGCAUUCAUGUUUACCUCUCCUUUGUGUGCAGAAUCCCUCUGCCCUUAAGCCAAUAAAACACAUAAAACACAUAGACAUUCACUUACACUGCAACACCCACGUGAAAUGGAAACAAGGAAGCCCUCCCCUCCCAUCUAAAAGCAAGUGUAAGACAUUUUUUAAUGGUACUGUUUAUCUUUUUUUUUUUUUUAGACUCCAGUUUUUAGAGGAAGGCAGAUGUUGUUCAGUUGUGCCCGCCAUUCAGAGCAUGUUGUACAAUUUGUUUUGUUGUAUUCUCUUUAUCAUAAAGUUGUUCUCUUUGUGUGUGUAUGUGUGUUCUGCAGCCUGUUUUCCCCAUCAGGACGUACGAGUACAUAAUGUAAAUAUCUCACUUCUGAUAUACCUCUGAAAGAUUCACACCAGUAUCAAGAUCUCGUAGGCUCAGUCUUCAGUACGGUUUCAGACAGAGAGGAUCUGGGAACGGUUCUUCCAAAGACAGACGUGGUCUCACCAGGGAUAGUGCGGAGGACAUGCUCAGUCUAUGGUCGCAGUUCUAGUGAUCAUGAGGUUGGAUGACCAAUCAAACCUCAGCUGGACUUUGAUUAAUGACCUUAACCCUCAAUGUGUUCUUUUUUUUUUAUUAUUUUUUUAAUUAUUAUUAUUGAUUACUGUCUGGGUCAUAUUUUUCUUAGGUAGUCAAGGUACUGUUUGCUCCAAUUUUUGAGUGCCUGAAAAUAAGUUAUUAAAAGAAAACAGCUGACCACAUCCAUGGGAGGCUAAAUUUCCCAAGAGCUCUGCAAAAGAACUUUGUUUUUGCAGAGAAAUCAACAUUGUCAACGAAAAAGGAAAGAAAACACAAAAAAAAACAUCACUGCCUCUCCUGCUUGUAAAUACUUAAGGUAAUGCCAGCUUACGUGUCGUGCUGUCUGUCUUUGAAUCGUUGGGAUGGAAGCUGCCGUCACGCAAGCUUUUCCCAGGACUGCUAGAGAUGCAGGAGGUCCUCUCUAUGGUCUCUGUUUAUCAGGCCGGCUGUGUCCCUCCAGUACUGUUUUGAAUUUUUGAUUUUAUUGACCGACAGACUCUCUGUGGAUGGUACUGUGAUGAGACACAUUAGCUGGUCAGUUGGUAGCAGACAGAGAGUGCGCUGAUGACUUGCGCGGCACAUUCAUGUACUCUGUAUAGCUGGCUCUGUCUCAGUUUAAGGGGAACCAGAGCCUUCAGUUCAAGCAGAAGAACCUACCUGUCCAGAUCUGCGACCCAGCCUUGGCCCCCAAAUUGACACCGCCACCCCGAAUUCCCAUCCACCCCUCCCAGGACCCUCCAAGAUCUCCAAUCACCCUCGAAAUCUUAUCAGCACCUUUUCUCUACAAAUGCAAAAUGAUUGGUCUCUUUUGGCCUCUCAACCUUUGGCAUUGACAUGACUGGACUAUACUCCUGUCCCGAUUUGGCAUUCUCUACUUCUGAUAUUUUUUUGCUCCUGUUUUAGUGUUUGUUGCUGUGUAUUUAAGUAAAGUGUGUGUGUUUUGUUUUUAUUAUUAUUAUUAUUAUUUUAAUGUGGAGGUGGUGAACAGCCUGUUGAAAGUGGCUGGGCCCUUAUUGCACCACAUGCAAUACAUACUUUCAUGCAGCCUUGCAUGUCCAGCUGGCAAUGAGAUUGGCCCUUGGUGCUGUUUUGCACCACACACACACACACACACACACACACACCGCACACACACACACACCGCACACACACACACAGACAAGAUCCCAAUCUGAACCUUAAACUUCAUCUCAACCUCAAACCCUCUUAUACAUGCGCGCACACUCACAAACAUACGUUUUUGUCAAUUUGUUUCCUCUUUUUUUUGUAAAUACUGUACAAUGCAUUUUGAUAUCAUUGACAUGUUUUGAUAUUUCAGUCACUACCAAUAGAUUCAAAUCGGGCUGAAAAGUGUACAAAGAAGUAACCAUAUUUCCAUUUAAAGAGACGGUGUGCUCUCAUCCCCCUACUCCAGGUUGGAUGAGUUGUUUUUCUUGUGCUAUGGUAGAGUAUACAGGGGUGGGGGCAAUAAAAAGAUUGUGGGCUCAGGGCAAGCAGGAAUCUGUAAUUCAGUGUGCCUGAAUGUCUGAAAUUUAAAUCCAAUCCGGGUAAAGGUAGAGCUGGUCUAUUUACACUAUGAAUCUGAACCAGUAUCAGGGUAGAGGAAUUGAGUGUUCGGUUAACACUCACUGUGGGACUAGAUGCAUUCUGCCUGACCACAAUAGGAACACUGUAAACAGGGAACAGGAAGUGGUGUUGAUGUACAUGGGCAAACAGGACAUCGUCUCUUUAAACCAGUAAGGGACCACACAUUGCAGACUUUACUAUGAAGGAUUUUUAUCUAUUUAAAAUAUAAAAUGGACAAAAAAAGAAGAAAAACUAAACCUCAUUCUAAAUAAAAAAAAAAUGAAAUAAAAAAAAAUAAAAGUAGUAAUAAAAAGAGGGACUGUUUCUCUCAAUGUUAUCUUGAGAUACUGUUGUAUAGAUUUCAGUCUCCGCCCUUCCCCCAGUCCUACAUGUAAAACAGUCACUCUGUUGGCCAUCUCUGUAUUUCUCUUGUGAUGCUGUACAAUACUGUAACAUUAGGAAGAGCUCGGGGGUGGGAUGGGGUGAGGUGGUGUGUGUGGGGGUGGGAUUUGGUGGUGGAGGAGGCGGACAUAGAUGAUUUCUCCUGCACCGUUCAUUGUUCUUUCUGACAAUAAGCAGUAUUGAGAGUAUGAAGCAGUCUCACGGCAGUUUGCUUUGUAUUUCAUGUUAGGGUAGUUUGGAUCCUUGUCUUAGGGACUUGAGUGUCUUGUGUAGUAAAUAAACAGUCCUUUGUAUGUUCCUUUAUAUUGUAAAGUUUCUUUAGACUGAAAAAAUGCUUAUUAAGAAGAAAAAAAAAGAGAUGGAAAAACUGCAUCAAUAAUAAAUGUAAUUGUUUUUGUUUUGUUUCUUUUUUUUCAUGGAGUCGUCGGUUAUUUUUGCUUGUGUCCCUUCAUUGUAGAUACAAAUUAUGGACUAAUAAAAAAAAAACAUAACUCCUUUUACCAAAA